AUGGUGCAGCUGUCUCCAUCCCCAGCCCGGGAUGUGUCUCCUUCACCUGAGUGCUCCGAGAAGGGGAGGCAGGGGAGCCCGAAGGCAUGUAGCCCCAAGAUGGGCUCCUCUGGUGGGCUGGGUCCUCUCCAGCUAGCCCUGGCAGCCUCCACCACCAUCUACCAGGGCUACGAGAGUUACAUCGAGGAUGGCCUCAUCUGCCUCAAGCACAAGAUCCGCAACCUGGAGAAAAAGAAGAUUAAAUUGGAAGACUACAGGAAGCGUUUGAAACAUGGGGAAUCACUCAAUCAAGACCAGAUAGAUGCAGUGGAGAAGUAUGAUGAAGUGAUCCACAACCUGCAGUUUGCCCAGGAGCUGCACAAGACCCUUGGGGGCCUAACACAGGAACUGCUAAAAGCCCAGAAGAAGGCGUUGAGGAAGGAGCAGAUGGCCAAGCAGGAGGUAGAGAAGAGGAGGCUGUGUGUAGUGCUGCAGGUUAAGUUCCUCCUGCAGACCCUGCUGCAGCACGAGCACAUCAGGGAGGACCUCCUCUCUGCCCGCAAGCUCCAGGUUGCAGAGCUACAAAGCCUGCUUGAGCUCGCUGAACUACUGGGGGUGAAGAGGGACAACAAUGUGAGUUUGGAGGAGCAGAUGGAGAGCGCAGCCCUGGUCUACCUGGACCUGCUGGAGGGGAAUAAUAAACCAAUAGCUGGAACCACCUACAAGGUCCUGAAGGCUAAGUUGGCGAAGCUGAUGGAUUGUGGGUACUUUGAUUGUGUACCGCCGCCUCCGAGCAAGAGUCCCAAGGAAGUAGAGGUUCCCAUGACCAAGAAGACGGUGUCUCAAACAGCCAGCCUCUCUACCCUAAUGACGUCAAACAAAAAAGACGUGCCUAGCAGAGAGUUUCUUAACAGACACUACCUGCCUGACACAGACCCCAAUGGGUGUCGAGACACUCCCGUUACUCAGAACUGGAAGGCUGAGUUCCAGGCCAUGAAGGAACAGGAGCCACCAGACUCGUGGGAUAUGGAGUCGGACUCCACUCAGCCUGUAAUCCAGAAACCAUGGAGAGGGGCGGCUGUGUUCAUCUCUAAAGUGCCGGUUACUACCAAGAAACAAAAUGCUGAACCCAAACAGAGAAGAGCGAAGUCCAAAAGGGAGCGGGACGCCACAGCUGUGAGUAGACUCUUGCGUCUCUUACGUUUGAUGGACCUGUCCAUAUUACGCCAUCACAUUGUGUUCAACUCCCAGUCUUCCUUGCCCAAGGACCCCAUCCUGCGCAAGCAGCAGCUGGAGGACCUGAUGACCAAGAUCAGAGGCUCCUUCAGCUUCAUGCAGGAUUCUCUUCUGGAUGGAGAAGGAUCACCCACUAACGGCCAUCCUAGACUGGGCCGGCGUGCCUCUGGAUCCUCCUCUCCACUCGUACAGAGGGAGUCAAGGAGAAGCCCAGUGGACCAUCUACCCAAAACACUGCAUUCCACUCCAUUGCCUUCUAAACUCCUCCCUGUUGAUGACGAACCCAAUCUGACCAAUGGAGACGGGGGUUGUCUAGAGAGCUGUGAGCUGGACCUAACUACAGAGGACCUAGCUCACGUCAUAACCAUUGAUCCAUGUCUGCUGCUGUCUGAGAGUGAGACUGCCUGCCCCUCUCCUCCUCCCUUCUACCGUGGGGAGUCCUCCAUCUCCAUCACCCUGGACGAGAAGACCUCUGCUCGGACUACCAUCUCUGAAUCUGGGAAGCAAUCCCCCUGUAACGGGGUGGUGCCUCCUUGUACCCCAACCCCCACCCAGGGGCAGUCGUUUUCUACCCCUCCCAGCAGACGUACACUCAGCAUGGUCCCCUUCCAGACCAUGCAUUCGGUAUUCAAGGUGAACGCCCCCUUACUUCCGACUGGAGACUUUAAAUCCGAUAUUAUCCCCUAUUCGGACUCCAACAACCUGUGCUAUGUCACCACCAGCACCCAGACCCCACCGGAGUUUGCUCCGUCGGAGGACGAACACCUACAGUCGGUGAACCAGUCUGAAUGUCUGGUGGGUAGUGGUGGGCAGAUCUUCCUGUCCCCUAGCCAAUCCUGUGGCACCAUGGGCCGUUCUGACCAAUCAUACUACAAAGGAUCUGUUAGAGGUGGGUUUGAUGGGUUUCGGGCUGGUCUGCGCUCCCCAGGAGGAAGCUUCAUCCCCCAGGCUCACUUGUACGGCGCUCGGGACACUGGCUACCAGCACAGCUACAGGCGUGGUGGAGGCAAUGCAGGACAAAGGCACAAUGGUGGUUGGAGUGACUCCUCCCAGGUGAGCAGCCCAGACCGGGAGGGCAACUACUCCCUGGUGGACUCCGCCCACGGCGACUCGCUGCAGGGUGUUGGCAUGGACCUCACCCCCCAGGUGACCCCUCAUGCCCCCCACACCCUGAUGCACGUACCCAUGUACCCGCUCCCCCAGCAUCCCCAGCUCCUCCGCGUGGCCUUCACAGCAGCCCGCACAGCCAACUACACCCCGGGCACCCUGGACCAGCCCAUCGCCUUUGACCAGCUCCACAGCAACCUGGGGGAAAUGUUCAACACCAAUGUGGGUCGUUUCACCUGCCCAGCCAACGGCACCUACGUCUUCCUCUUCCACAUCCUCAAGCUGGCGGUCAACGUGCCGCUCUACGUCAACCUGAUGCGCAACGACGAGGUGAUGGUGUCUGCGUACGCCAACGACGGGGCUCCGGACCACGAGACGGCCAGCAACCACUCCAUCCUGCAGCUGUACCAGGGAGACCAGGUGUGGCUGCGGCUGCACCGCGGCUCCAUCUAUGGCAGCAGCUGGAAGUACAGCACUUUCUCUGGCUUCCUGCUCUACCAGGACUGAGCUACUGUGGCCUCUUGAGCCAACAUGGAGGAUACAGGUGGAGGAGAGAAUAUUGCUUUGCACUUAAAAGGAGAAACUGACAUUUUCCAUUUCAUGUGGUCAGACUGCAUACCCACCCAGUGCUGGGUUCAUUGCCUACCCCAGUCCUUGAGUGUAUGGGGUGUGUUCAAUAUUCAAACCUUUUAGGAUCACCCUUUUGUUUACCCUGUAAAUUGCAACCACUAAUUACUUCUGGGUCACUAAGGGGUUGAGGGGAAGAAUUCCUGCUGGCUUGACCUUUCAUGACCCAUAAUGUGAGCAUUUUCCCAUGAAUGUGGUUUUUGGUUGUGGUGCUUAGAGACCGACACUCCAUUUUCUGACUAAAACUGUUAGAUUGUGAAUAGUUGUGAAUAGCUGCCUCUACUAUACACUACUGCUGCUGUAUUGGGUGUCACACUUAUAGUUCUAGUAGCAGGUCCGCUUUAGUUACAAUGUGUCAGGUCUCUAAGACCUUAAAUUAAAUGUUAUGAAUUGGUGGCUUUUUCUUUGUUUUCUGAAUGACUGGGUAAAUUCAUUGAAUGGCUAAUGUAUGGUUGGCGAAAUAUGAAUUAUAAUGGACUGUACUUGACAAUGCUAAGCACUUUAAAUGCAUUCUAUGCUACCUUGCUGUGUGGGGUG